AUGCUCCAUCUGCGCUUGGUGGGCCGCCCGCCGGUGCCCAUCCACCCAGUCGAGCAGCAUCUCUGGCUGGGCCUCCGCUGGCAACACGAACAGAACUUCUUGUCCCUCCUCAACCAGCGGCUUGCGGCAGCAGGAGCACAGUGCGCCAGCCUGGCGGGCUUGGUGGCCAAUGGGGGAGUGCCCCUCGCGGUGGCCAUGGCCACUUUCGAGAUGGUUAUAGAAGGCUCCUUUCGCUUUGGUCGGUGGCUGCUGGCUGUGGCCCCUGGCGCCUCCGAAGUCCUGAAUGCAGCCUACGAGGGUUGGGCGCGGUCCUUCAUUGGUGCCCCGCCGUGGAGGAAUGCGAUGGUGGCUGCGUCGGAGCUGGGGUGGCCUCUCUCGGGAGCGGGCCGCGCUGCGGUAGAUGUUGCUGUGCGCAGGGCCACACUCUGGGCGUUGCCUGAGGACGACCUGUAUGGCGCGGUCUUUCGUGGGUCGCAGGCAGCCGGCCACCCCUCCUGGGCCAGGGCAUCGCUCUGCCUGCUGCAGGACUGGGGAGUGGAGGACUGGCCAAUCUGGAAGGCACGGUGCGCGGGUUCCCUGGCAGCAUACAAGGCAUACGCAAAGACGGUCAUCACAGGACGCUGUCUUGCUGCCCGUGCGCAAGCCCUGGACGGCCACCCCUACGUCCAGUUGCGGCCGUGUGUGAGCCAGGAUCUUGCCAAGGGCUACGCCCUUGGGCUCCCUACCUCGUGUCUGCGUGCUCAGCGGUCUGUUUCGCGCCUCCGCGCGGGCCUCCUGACCCUCACGCACCGCAACCGCAGGCGCUCAUGGGCUAGGCUGCAGUACUGCAUUUUCUGCGAGGCCACCUUGGCUCCAGAAGAGGGCCUCUCCCAUGCUCUCAAUGUGUGCGGCGCAUGGACAAAGGGGCGCGCAGCCUUCGGCCAGGCCCCGGGGGUGGGCGCGGGCGCGGAGCCAGGGGCCUCCCUGGGGGCCGAACCGGGGUCGCCGGGCUACCAGCAGCUGGCAGAGUGGGCAGGUGCUCUGGACUCUAGUGCCACGGAGUUCUGGAGCGGAGCCCCUUGA